UCUGUGGGUCCUUGCCCAAGACCUUGGAUGAGUGCAGUGAGCAGGCGAGAUCUCUCUGCCAGGCCCAUUUAGGUCUUCCUCUCAACGUUCUGCCACUGCUAGCAGCUCUGUGAUCCAGACUGCUGAAGAUCAGUAAAGAUGUCCAUUUGCCCAGCUGCAUCAUCUGAGAGUGUAGCAUGUUGAAGACAUGAUCUGUUACAGCGUGAGACAACUUUCUCUUAGUGCCUCAUGUUUAAUAGGAAUAACUCAAGUCACCUGUACUGGAAAUCAGUUUGCUGAAAUUAAUCAACGAUUCUUGAAGUUGAAGAAAAGUUGUUCUCUCUACAGGAGGUUCCAGCCUUGGCAAGAGGAGUGUGGCCCUUCCUGGAAUCCCUCUGGACACACCCUCCUAGCAUCCUCUAGGAAAGAUGCGGCAGCUCAAAGGGAAGCCCAAGAAGGAGACCUCCAAGGACAAGAAGGAGCGGAAGCAAGCCAUGCAGGAGGCCCGGCAGCAGAUCACUACAGUGGUGCUGCCCACACUGGCCGUGGUCGUGUUCUUGAUCGUGGUGUUUGUGUACGUGGCCACGCGUCCCACCAUCACCGAGUGAGCCCCGCAGCCGGCCGCGGACCCCAUCGGCAGGGAGAGGAGGCGCGGGAGGGGGACGCAAACAAAAAAUGGCUUUCAUAUUCAGAGAUGUUCAUGUUGCUGAGCUGUAAGCAGGAGCACCCUGUCUUCUCUGGUCUUUGACUUGAUUAAAGUAUCUCCGCUUUCUUGGGAGGGAAUAGGGGAUGUUUUAUCAGUGAAUGUGCCAUACACCUUAUGGUCCACUUCAUGUGCCUUUCAGACUUCAAAGCGCGCGCGCGCGUGUGUGUGUGUGUGUGUGUGUGCGCGCGCGCUUCUUUUUCUCUCCUAAAAAUCGAUAAGUAGCUCCACCUGAAGAGGGGUGGAACCUCUGGGUCAGGAAACAGCUGGAAUCCACACUCACCUCAUUCCCAUUGUUUGGAUCAUGCCUCUUUCCAACACGUGUUCACAAUCUCCAAAGGGACUGUAUUUCUUCUCUGUGCUUAAUGUGAUUUGAAAUAUGUUGAAUCAAAGUGAAAUAUUUAUUUUUUGAAUAAAGGAGAUAAUAGCCUUAAA